AUGGGGCGAGCUUCUGAAAAUGGCGUGGCAGCAGUAUUCCGGUGGCUCGCGGGGCGGGUCAGGCAGCUGGAGAGCAAGCAGAAGAAGUUGGAGGAGACCUUGGCACCGUACGAGAACGACGAGAACGACUUCUCGUUCAACGUCGACGCCGAGGAGUUCUGCCCAGGUCCUCCGGGCAGUUGGGAUCCGGGCUACUGGGGCGGCGAGUACGUCGAGCAGGUGAUGAGCGAGAGGGUCGUCGAGACCAAGAAGGGUAAGCACGGCGAGUACGACGAGUACGACGAGAACGACGCAAAGUUGGUCGAAGUUCGAGAGUGUGCCGAGAAUGAUAAGAAACAGAAGGAAGCCAAGAAAGACAUGACAUAUAAUAAGGAAAAGAAGGUUGGUUUCGACGAGCACGGCCACGAUAAGCACAACGUGGAGCUGGCGAAGGUGGUCGAACUUCGAGAGAGCGUCAAGAAGAAUACGGAAGAGACAAAGACCAGGAAGGCUAAGCACGGCGAGUACGCCGAGUUCGGCAAUUUCGACGAGUACGACGAGCACGGCGUAAAGUUGGUCGAUGUUCGAGAGCGUGCCAAGAAGGGAAAGGAAGAGGACGGCAGCAAGUACGGCAAGUGCGACUACGACGGGCACGACGUGAAGUUGGCGCAGUCGGUCGAAGCUAAGUACGGCGAGUGCGACGAGUUCGACGAGCACGACAAGCGCGGCGUAAAGCUGGUCGAUAUACGGGAGCGUGCCAAGAGGGAACGGAAAGAGGACGGCAGCGAGUGCGGCGAGAACGACUACGAUGAGUACGACGUGGAGUUGGCGAAGUCGGUCAAAAUUCGAGAGUGUGACAAGAAGGAUAAGACUGAGACAAAGACUACAAAGGCUAUGUAUGGCGAGUACUACGAGUUCGACGAGUACGACAAGCACGAUGCAACGUUGCACAGCUACGACAAGCGCGACGUGGAGUUUGCGAAGUUGGUCGAAGUUCGAGACCGUGACAAGAAAGACAACAAAGAGACAAAGACUAAGAAGGCCAAGCGCGGCGAACACGACGAGUUCGACGAGCACGGCGAACGCGACGCUAAGCUGAUCGAUGCUCGAGAGCGCGCCAAGAAGGAUAAGAACGAGUACGACGAGUACGACACAGAGAUCGCGAAAAUCGAGUCCCGUUUGGACACAGUGGACAGCACUCUAUCCAGCCUUCUCCCGCUGUUCGAGGAGGAGCUGGCCGCACCCCUGGUCGCCAGAAUCGAGGCCUGCAGCAAGGAGACCGCGGAUUUCGGGGAGCACUUCAACAGCCUGGUGCGCAAUCUGGAGCGCAAGGUGUACGGCCUCAGCACGAAGUUCUGCAGGAAGUUCUACGACGCCGAC